AUGAGCAGCACCAACAGCCCCGCGGGUCAGAGACCCCUCUCCAAAGCUGAAAAUGCAAAUCCACGAGAGUUCCAAAUAAAUCAGCUCAGGCGACGAUUUCAUCCAACUGAGACUUCAGAUGACUCUGGAUCGACUUUCACAUUUGGUCUGGUGCCGUCGGAUCCCGACUUUCCAUUUGACCUGGACAAACUCCAAUGUGCGCUGCAUGUUCCAACGUCAUACCCGUCUGGCAGAAGACCCACUUUGAAGGUCGCCAAUCCUGAAAUGGAAAAGGCCUUUCAAGAUAAUGUCUCGCGAGGGUUUGAUGAUAUUGUGGAUAGCACGCUGCGAACUGGUGGUCGCGGCACUUUGUUGACAUGGAUGAACUCCCUCGAUCGGCACCUGGAGCGCCUACUCACGACUACGGAAAGAGGCCCUACGCUGAAGUUUGUCACGAAUGUCAACAACCCCAAACCGAAUGAAACCCCGGCCAUUCGAGAGAUAGUGGGGAGAUUACAGUCCUUGCCUGUUCCUCUUGAGGGUGACCGGAAGGUCACAGCCACGGCUCCUAAAUCUAAACCGCCAGCCCCGGUAUUCUCUGCCGAAGAAAAAGCACAAGCCGCGAAAAGACGGGCUAUGGAGACGAAACAGAUUGAAGCACGUCUUGGUCGGCUACCGCUGUUCCAGAAGUCGAAAGAUGAGCUCUCGUUUGUUAUUCCCAUUCAGCCGCCGAAGGUCGAGCGACUUCCGCCUGCCCUGCGGUCUGUCAAAGCCGUGAAGCUAUUGGUUCCGAGUCUGUAUCCUCUGGAGCCCAGUGCCGUGGAGCUACGCGGCGUCGAUAGCAUAGAGGCACGGGCAGUGGAGGCAGGAUUCACGCAAUGGAUCACCAAAAACCUCAAUCUCAACCUAAUGUCCCAGGUCAAUUAUUUGACGAGCAACAUGCACAACUUUGCGAAAACCCCUCUGGAAGAAGCGUCUGAUUUGGCCGCAGCGGGGCCGGGACUCGCGGAGCCAGAAAUCAAGGAAGAAGCACCAACUACUGGAAAUGUCCAAUUGGGAGAUAAGCCUCACGUCCACGUUGUCCCCCGGCCGCCCGAGUGGUCUGUUAGGGAAGGGGGUGAUGACAGUGGAGGUACGGAUGUGUCUACAUCGGAAGAAUACUCCUCGGACGAGGAAGACGAAGAUGGUGGAGCACCAGUUCCGAAUCUCCCAGAGCCAACUCCGGAGCGUGGCGUUGCGAUUUCAUUUCCCUUCAUUGAACUCUAUGGAAUCGAACUUCUAGAUCUGGUUGGACUUUCCGUCACUGUUAAAUGUGAAAGAUGCAAGGAGCAGUUGGAUGUGAAGCAUGUACCACAAGUUAAAGACAAAAGUGACACCUUGCAGCCGAAAGUCGAAUCUUGCAAGAAAUGCGCGAAUACGAUGAGCUUGGGAUUCCGCCGUCAAUUGAUCCAUUCACAUUCAAAUCGUGCUGGAUACCUAGACUUGGAUGGCUGUAUAAUUGACGAUCUUCUUCCUAGUAGCUUCAUUCCUACCUGCGCGGAAUGCUCAACAUCUUUCCCUGCACCUGGUGUGGUGGCUGUUCGUGGUGAAAACGCAAUGGCUGCAUGUCGGCAAUGUCAUCGGAAGAUGGUUUUCAAACUCCCCGAAGUCAAGUUCCUGAGAGUAGGAACUGCUGCAUUCACCUCUCGAGACCAAGCUCCGCAGCGGAAGAAGCCUAAGGAGGUUCUCGGCAUUGUCGCUGGCCAGGAACUCCCUCGUCGUGGUCGUUGCAUGCACUAUGGCAAGAGCUAUCGCUGGUUCAGAUUCAGCUGCUGCGCAAAAGUGUUCCCUUGUGAUAAAUGCCAUGAUGCAGCCGAAGAUCACCCCAAUGAGCACGCAAACCGCAUGAUUUGUGGUUUUUGCUCACGGGAGCAAAUAUAUCGACCCGAGGACUGUGGAGUAUGCCGUGCGGUUCUUGUAGGCAAGGCUGGCAGCGGUUUCUGGGAAGGAGGCAAGGGCACUCGCAACAGAGUCUUGAUGAGCCGCAAAGAUCCGCGGAAGUUCAAGCGCCGUCCGGGCUCGACCCCAGGAGGCUCAUCGAAGAAGAAGUAA